GUGAGGCAGUUGUGGAUUGGGAUGGCAGUUGUGUUGAAAGUGCUAUAACCCAACACUAACUCCUUUUAACCUUUCUUCCUCUAGUCUCCUUUUUCCCCAGAAUCACACAUCGGAAAAUCCAAAAAGGGUUUCCGAAUUUGCGUGUUAGGGUUCCAAAGUUUCAAUCUUUUCUCUUUGUUUCUCCCAGUUCUUACCAAAGCAGGGGAUAGAUAGAUAGAUUUACUCUUUUUUCUCAAAUAGCCAUGGAAGGAGGAGAAGGUUCGCUGGAGUUUCAGGACUGGGAGGUUCUGGCUCAUUCCGACACCGAAGCUGUUGUGAUUAGCUCCCCUGUGUCGGUGGAGAAUCCAAGGAGUUUCGAGGAGAUCGAGGCUGAUUCCGGCGGGAUGAUCAGGUUGGAUUACUUCUCUAUAGGAAAUGAUAGCAUGUUUGAUAAAUCUGUUGUUGCUAGUGCUGCUGGUGAGGUAGAGAGCUCUGUUGAGUCUGAUAAUCCGAGUUGGAUAGAUCCUGCUAUUGAUAAUCGAUUCGAGGGCAAAAAUUCGGUUGGAUUCUGGUCUGAUUCGGGUAGUGAUCGGUCGGAUGACCGCAAAGUUGGUGACUUUGAUGUGAGAAAUGAAUUGGGUGCUGAAAAAUUGGCCAAGAGCGAGGAAAUGGAAGCUAAGGGAGUUGACGGAAGGGAGUUUGAUCAGCUGGUGGGGGAGCUUUCGAGCUGUGAGGCGAAGAGUGAAUCAGGUUUUGAGGAGAAUGUGAAGACCCGCCAACUGGGUUUUGAAGAAAUUGAGGAGAAGCUAGGGAAGGAGAAAGAUAUGACCAAAUUCUGGUCUGAUUCUGGUGGCGACGGCUUGGUUUUGGGUUCUGAGGUUCUGAGUGAGGAGGCCACUCGUGGUGGCAAUGCUCCGGUGGAGGAGAACUCGGGUGUUGUUGAAGCUGGGGAAGGGAAACUGGGUGUUGGCGAUGAGGGGAAGAAGCAGCCAGUGGUCUGGUGGAAAGUGCCGUUUGAGUUGUUGAAGUGUUGUGUUUUUAGAGUUAGCCCGGUGUGGACUUUCUCAAUGGCUGCAGCUCUAAUGGGAUUCGUUAUCUUGGGCCGGAAGUUGUAUAAGAUGAAGCGCAAGGCGAGGAGCUUGGAGCUUAAAGUUACCGUCGAUGAUAAGAAGGUGUCUCAGUUCAUGAGCCGUGCUGCACGUCUCAAUGAAGCAUUCUCCGUCGUGAGACGAGUUCCCAUCGUCCGGCCUAUGCUACCAGCUGCUGGUGUGAACCCAUGGCCUGUGAUGAACAUGAGAUGAACAAACAGCAGGGAUUUCUUGUGCAGUUGAGGGAAGUACAAAAAAAGAAUGGAGCAUUGUGGGGAACUAAGUGCAGCUUGCUUGCUUUUGGUGUUUCUUGCUUUCUAGGGUUUCUUCUUUUGUCGUGCUUGGAUGCCUCUUUUGGUCCAUAUAUCAUGUGCAUAAAACUUGCAGCCUGAAAACUACUGAAUCGCUCUCCCUCUCCUGUUUAUCUUGUGUUUGUAUAAUUAUUCCCCAAGUGAAAGUUAUGGUUGAAAUCAUCUCAUCCACUAUUGACUAGCUGUUGCUCUUUAGUUUUCUGUCACAAAUGUGGAUGAUACUUAAGGUAGUUAUAGUAUAGACAAAGAAGAACUAUAUCCAAUUAUCCAUGUAACUCUGUUAUAAAAUCAUACCGGCUUG